UUUACAAAGCUGGAUACUCUGGUAAUAAUAAUAAUAAUAAUAAAAACCCCUAGCCGGUGGAUGGGGAUGGAGUCUACGGCACUGAGACCAGGAUUUAUUAAUGUGCAAAUUGCUCUGAUAUGAUCACAUACUUUCUGCUUUGCAUACGCAGGGAGCAGCGUGGGCUGAUGGAGUAUGAACUAGCCUGGGCGAUCUUUACGAGCUGAAAUCCUGCACAUCACAGAAGGGUUUGUUUCUCUGCGCAAAACCUGGGAAGCUGUUAGAAACCUGCUUUAAAAAACAAGUGAACAAAAUCCCCAGACCCAAACGCACCAGACUGCUUCAUGAACUCGCCAUGAAUAUAUUUUUCAUUUUUUUUGACAGAAACGUGCAUGUAACUUUCUCUGGAGGAACCGAGGAUUUUUCUAGUUGGUCUUGUAGUCUUUUAAAACUGAGAAACCAGUAGAGUCUUUUCAGCAGUGAUGAGGGAGUGACAAGUCAGAGUUCCUGCGAGCGCACUUGGAAACUGCGAGCAGCUAACGCUGGCUGCCAGAGCCCCCAGAUGGGACUAGAGCCAAGCCCCUGCGCUCCUUACGGGGAUGAAGGUAGAGCCAUGUUACCUGCUACCUAAGCUGGCUGUUGCUGAUGUAGUUUGUGGAUAUGGUCCCGUACCAGGCUUCGCGCACAGACUCUCGGCUCUGAUCCCGCCUGAGACCUUUUAGCAGCAGCAGAGAGAUCCCCAGCUGUGGAGCGGGCUCCUCCGACCACCCUGCGACGGAGGGGCUGCAGCGCUGGAGAGUUACUAUGCAGCUUGGACUGUUUGUGGUGGUGGUUUUUCUAAGCUCGAUGGAUCUAACAGGCAGCAGCAAAGUGGUGAAGGGCAAGAGGCAAAGACGAAUUAGCACCGAGCUGAGUCAGGGCUGUGCCAGAGGCUGCGACCUGUGCUCCGAGUUCAAUGGGUGCCUGAGAUGUUCCCCCAAACUCUUUAUCCUUCUGGAGAGGAAUGAUAUCCGGCAAAUUGGGAUUUGCCUGCCAUCUUGUCCACUGGGAUACUUUGGCCUUCGCAAUACAGACAUGAACAAGUGCAUCAAAUGCAAAAUUGAGAACUGUGAGUCCUGUUUCAGUCGAAACUUUUGCACAAAAUGUAAGGAAGGUUUGUAUUUGCACAAAGGGAGAUGCUACGUCACAUGCCCUGAAGGCUACUCUGCUGCCAACGGCACCAUGGAGUGCAGCAGUCCUGCACAAUGUGAAAUGAGUGAGUGGGGGCCCUGGGGGCCCUGCUCCAAGAAGAGGAAGCUCUGUGGCUUCAAGAAGGGCAACGAAGACCGAACGCGGCGGAUCCUGCAGGCUCCCUCCGGAGACGUGUCCCUGUGUCCUCCCACCACGGAGGUGCGCCGAUGCACAGUGCAGAAGAGCCAGUGCCCCGAAGGAAAAAGGAAGAAAAAGGAAGAGCAAGGAAAGCAAGAUAAUGCAAAUGGGAACAGAAAUCGGAAAGACACCAAAGACGCUAAGUCUGGCACCAAGAAGAGGAAGAGCAAACAGAGGGGGGCCGUGGUCCCCGCCACGUCUGCCAGCCCUGCCCAGUAGCUGCCCCUUUCCGUCACCUGAUGGCAAGACUUCAUUGCUGCUAUGUAUAUGAAAGCUUUAUUGAACCAGAGCACUGCUACACAACACGUACACACGUCCAGAAAGACAGACAUAUACUCCCAGACUGACCCACAGGCCCGACAAACCACAUACACAAUACUUAAGGAGGCUGCACACCCCCCCACCGCCCCGGAGCGCAGGAGGAGAGGAGCGGGAGUGCACAUGGAGGGGAGCCCACCUCCCCCGGGCUCCGCGGGGGAUGCUGCGGGGAGGAGAGGUGGAGGAAGAGUCAGCCAAGGACCCAGACACGAGACUUCAUGACCAAAGGCCUCAGCCUCGAGACCCGGCUGCAGCCCCGGACCCGCACGGCUGCUCUCCCCACAUGGGACCUGGACUCACGCAAAGGCAGUGGCCUCUUUCUCUCCCCCCCCAACCCUUUAUUUUGUGUUUUAAGCUGUAUGACUUUAUCAUUGCGAAUACAUGUUAAACGUUUGUGGUAAGAGGUCAGUGGUAUCUGCCCUGAAUCUGCUUCAAAGAGUAAUUUCAAAUUAAAAAAAACAAAAAAAACAAACAAAAACCAAAAUGACAACCAGCUUCCUGAGUGUGUGGUUCAUGCCUUGGCCCCUAUGGAGGCUGGUGUCCCACAGGACAGAGACUCACUUGUGGAAGGGAAACUCACCAAAGCUUUAAGAAAAUCCCAGAAAAUGCUGCCAGCUGCACUGCAGCCACAAAUCCGCCGUCCUGCGCUCGCAGGACCCCAGCUGUGCUCCGCGGAGCCCCCGAGGAAUUUCCCACUGAAGGAUCCAUUUAACAUGCAGCAGAUUGAGAAAAUGAGAGGUUACAACAAACCGCAGGUUGCCAGAACGUUGUGACUCCGUUUGCACAGUCACAGCUGCGGGACUCCAUCCCGGGCUGGGGACACGCUGGCCCGUCGGCACGGCCACCCCCGGCGCGUGGCAGGAGGGAAGGCAGGAGGGAGGGGGAAGGCGCAGCUCGGGCUCUGCAGAAGAGACAAAAACCAUUGCGUUCGGUGGAAACUACUGGUCUGCGUGCCACCCCCUGGAAUUCCCUGGAUUCAGCACAGCUCCUGCUCUGCGAGAGCCAACACCUGGGCAGAAGGAGUGGGAUGAGGAGCCUGUGGGACAGAGACCCGGAGAGACCCGCGUGGGCGCAGGAGACGCUGCCUCCUCCGCGGGGAGAGCUUCACCCUCAGCAGCAUCAGCGCUCAGUUCCCUUCUGCUCUAACACCUGCUUCCUCCAUACCAAUACCUGCAGACAUUCAGUUCCUCUGGAGUCCAGCAAAACCCUCUGCUCUUGAUGGGGCCCGGGGAGGUGCUGUGUCUCCCAGGGCUGUGCCCAGGGCGGAUGGGUGACGUGCUCCUGAAGCUCCCCAGGCAAGGUGGUGGGCAGGAAAAGCCCACCCCAAAGCUAAACCUGGUGAAUACAGUCUCUGCUGCACUUGCUUUGGUGCCACCCGUGGUUCUGGGGGGCAGAGCGAGCCAGCGAGUGCAGGGGGGUGCCUGCAGGAGAGCCCCUGCUCGCCCCGAGGGGCUCCUGCCCGCACCCUGCCAUCCUGGCCCUCUCCUGGGAAGAGCGGGCGUUCCUGGAGCCUGGCAAGGACUCGGUCCCAACAGAGGACACCUGAACCCCCCUUCGCCCCGACCGCGCUGCGGCUGGUUUGGCUCAGCACGGGACGUGGGAGCUGCACAGUUGUUUCGGCUCCGGGGCUGUACCAAGCUCCCCGUGACUGCUCCGCUGGCAGCAAAACCUUUCAGCCCAUCAUCCACUUUGUGUUUAAGUAAACAAGAAGCUGUUAUAUCUUUUAAAGGAGAUUCCAUUUCAGCACAAUGAUAAACGACCAGCAUACCAAGCAGAGAGAGAAAGAGGUUCUUAAAAGUCAUCCUCUGAGUUGUUUAUGGAUCGUGUUCAGACGAUUCCUGAAAGCCUCCCAGCCGAAAGAUGAGAUCUCACUUUAUUUUCUAGCCUGUGAGAUAAGUAUUUGUUUGUGCCACGGCGUUGCAUGUAAGCAGAACCGUUUUUUCCCUUCCGCUUUUUAGCAGCAGUAAUCAGUAACCCUUUCACCAACCUCAGCUUGCCAAUUCCUCCCCGACCCCCCUCCCCGCGGCUGCAGCAUCUCCCUCCCCUCCUCAACAAGGGUUAGAGAGAGGCGAGAGCGCGUGAGCCAGGUCCCUCACGGGGGCUCCGCUGACCGGGUUCCCUGCGGUAACUCAUGGCAAUUCCAGCACGACGGUUUCACGUCUCCACCGCACACAAUAAAUCAACAGCACCUGUUUUAUAGAACUUUCUAGAGUUUUUUUAGAAAAACCGACAAGCUUCUUUCUCCCCUAGCCUUUUCCCUUCUUCCUUUUUCACAGAAAAAUGGGAAGAAAAAGGGAGAAAGGUAAAGGAAAGUUUAAAACGCAUACUAAGAAAAUCCAAGAUCUUUCAGUAUGGGUGAUUUUAAAAUUAAAUUGUUUUAGAAAGAUUAGGAGGAAAAUAUAAAAAACAAAUCAAAUUUCUCUUUUUUUUUUUUUUUUUUUA